AACCUUGUGUAUUUGAUGUCCAAACUUUGAGAAUUGACAUUUGUGGACAUGUGUUUUUGAACUUUUUGUUGUUUAUAAGAUAUGAUUUUCGGCAUUCUUUUGCAAAUUUAAUUUACUCAAAGAAUUUACAAAUGGCUAGUAAAGUGCACAGAGUACGUUAUUAUAACCCAAAACCUGAAUUGAUUAAUUGUGUGUCUUAUAAUAGAACAAAGAAACAGAUUGCUAUUGCAAGAGGAGAUGCUUCAAUUGAAAUAUGGGAUCUGGCAUAUGCUCCUUAUUUGAUUAAAUUCAUACCUGGUGUAGAAAAUGGAUCUGUGGAAGCUUUGGGGUGGGUGAACAAUCGAUUACUGUCGACUGGUCUUGGAGGAGCACUAGUUGAAUGGGAUUUAGAAAGGUCAUGUGUGAAAGCCACAGUUUUACUCACUGGGUAUGCUGCAUGGUGUUUAGAUGUGAAUUCUGACAAUACUACUGUAGCUGUGGGAACAGAACAGGGCUAUGUGAAUUUGUAUAAUGUGGAAAAUGAUGAUAUUGUUUACCAAAAAUUAUUUGAUAAGCAAGAGGGUAGAAUCAUGUGUUGUAAAUUUAACAGUGCGGGAAAUAUACUAGCCACAGGUUCAAUUAAUACAAUCCGAGUCUGGAAUGUUAAGACUGGGUAUGCCAUUAGCCGCAUUACUGUGAGUAGAAGGGGCAAGGACACUAUAGUGUGGUGCCUUGCAGUACUGGCUGACAAUAUGUUAGUGUCAGGAGAUAGCCAUGGACGGCUUACUUUCUGGGAUGGAACUCUUGGAGAACAGAUUGAGUCAUAUUCAACACACAAAGCUGAUAUUUUGUCAAUAACAGUAUCAGAUGAUGAAAAGAGUCUUUAUUGCAGUGGAGUAGAUCCAGUUCUAACAAACUUUAUCAAGGUUGACAAUAAGCAAGCAGGGGCGCAGUGGGUCAAACAUUUCCAGAGGCAUAUUCAUGAGCAUGAUGUGAGGGCCUUGGUAUAUAAAGAUAACAAGUUGAUAUCAGUUGGUGUGGACGGAUACUUGACACUGUCCAGCUACCCUCCAAAGUGGGUGAUGAGGAUCCCACACAUGAUACCAGCACCAAGGUCUUCUGUUUGUGCAAAGAAAAAACUCCUUUUACUGAGAUACAAUAAACAUUUGGAAGUAUGGAAAUUGGGAACUUUUGCCACCAAUCAGAAUGGUAAAGUUUUGUUUGAUAACAUCAAUAGACAUGAAAAUUUGGGAAGCAAGGACAACACAAAUUCAAACACAGAAGAAGAUUCCAGAAUAGAUAUUUUGAAUAAAGCAAACAUGGCUUUAAAUAAAGAAAGGAGGAAAUUGAAACUAGUCGAGAACCCUUUAAAGUUGGUUUCAAUUCAAACAAAAGGCAAAAAGCAGUUGCGGUGUUGUGAGCUGUCCCCUACUGGAGAAUUCAUUGUGUAUUCAACUGAUAGUAACAUAAGAAUGCUUAAAUUAGAAACUGAUGACGAUCAGACAAACACAUCUAUAUCUAAAAUGAUAUUGAACGGUCUCCCGCCGACUUGCGACCGCGUGACCUUCACUGAAGAUUCCCUCUACAUGGCGGUACAUAACGCUGGAACACUGUACAUCUUGCACGUGGACUCGCUAGCUGGUGCCACCGUCGUGCAAACUAUCAACAUACAGAAACAUUUAAAAACUUCAUCCAUAUUACAUCUUUACAUAUCUAAAAACACCGCAGCGGGCAAAAUAUAUUUGGUGUUAGCCGACACGGUAGGCGCCAUAGUAGUGUUCACGAAAGGCGAACAUAAGUUUGAGCAUUACGUCACGCUGCCGACGUACAAAUGUCUGCCGUCGGCGCUCACUGUGGAUAGUGCUCGAGAUAACCUUAUUGUUGCUUAUGUUGAUCAAAAGGUGGUAGAAUACGAGCUGGUAUCGAAGAAGUUCUCUGAUUGGCUGAAUUCCAGCCUGCCGGCGGCGUGGUGGGCGCGCGGCGGCGCGGUGUCGGGCGUCAGUGCGCACGCGCAGCGCGCCGCGCUCGUCUUCAAGGACGACACCUCGCUCUGGGUGCUCGACCGCAAACCCGAUGAAAACUAUGAACCGCAAUCGAAAAAGCAAUCGAAAGGGGAAAAGAAAAAUGCGGCUUUCAAAGUAAUACCUAUAAAGUAUCUGUCGGACUUCCACUGGAUCGGGGACGACGAAGCAGUUAUCGUGGAGAUCCUACCCGAGAAUAUUGUAUCGCAGUUGCCGCCAAUUGUCACUCUUAAAUAAAUGUAUUCAUUACUUUUAAGUAA